CCCCCCAAAAAAAAAAAAAAAAAAAAAAAGGGUGUGAUUUUUAUUACAGUCACACGCAGUUCAGUGAUGUGUGAAUGGAAUGGAAUCCAACGGGGAAAAAUUAAAGAGAGAGAGAGAGAGAGGAGAGAGAGUGAUGGAAAAGAGAGUUGAAUGAAGAAUGGGAUUCGUGAAAAGGAGGGCUUAUCUGUUAAAAAUAUUUAUCUUGAAGGCCACCUGCUGUGUAUGCGGUCAAGCCAUUGGUGAGAGACCUGUCUGGUUUUGGCAAUCUGGCUUCUUUCCUUUGGUUUCAUUUGGUUUUUAUCCGAGCUGAUCUGAUCUUUCUGUUUAGGCAGGUGGAGAUGUUUUCACAUUAAUUUGAAGGAAAAAAAAAAGUAGUAUAAACUAUAAAGUGUAAACAACCCCCAAAGGACAAACAAAAACAAAGACAAAAAAUUCUGGUAGUGGUAAAUUGUAGUAGAAAAGAAAAGGCCAACCUUCAUAACUGCCCAUUUAAAGGAGUAAUAAAACAGUAACUAAUGUGGUUUGCCAAAACGGGGAAAAUUCCAAAAACUUUUAAAAACCCUAGACUGUCCUCAGCUAUUUAUAACACCCAUGAGGUUCCUCCGGACUUCAAAGGAUCAGCUCUGCCUCUUUCUCUGCAAUAUUGUUGUACUUUGUCCUUAAGAAUAUAGCGGAAAAACCCAUGAUUCUUCCAACCCACCACCACCUCUUUUCCACAUUCCAUUUAUAGCUAAACUUGAAAGAAAAAAAGGAAAAAAGAGAAAAAAAAAAAGACAAAAGCUUGGUGAGAUGAGGCAAGGGCGAUCUUCCUCAAAGCAUGAAACUAAAGGAAUGGAAAUAGACAAAAUUAGUAAGCUUAAGGAGGAGCCUCAUCUCUCUGGUGCCUAUAUCCGUAGCCUAGUGAAACAACUGACCUCUUCAAAAACCAAAGACUCCAUGAAUAUUAACCCAAAAGACAACCCAGAUUGUGUUGUUCUUGUUGAUGGUCAUCAUCAAAGUUUUCCUGGCCAAAACUUAACCAAACUUGGAGAAGCUGGUUUAAGCGAAACCCAACAACAAACACAACAAACACAGCAAACCCAACGACCCCAACAACACAAAAAGCAAGUAAGGAGGAGACUCCACACCAGUAGGCCAUACCAAGAAAGGCUUCUAAACAUGGCUGAGGCUAGAAGAGAGAUUGUCACCGCUCUCAAGUUCCAUAGAGCAGCCAUGAAACAAGCCAAUGAGCAGCAGCAACAACAACAAGAGCAACAACAACCACCAUCACCACAACAGCCACAAUCACAACUUUUGCAGCCUCCACUUCACUUUGAACAACAAGAAGGGAAGGUUAAACAUAGGAGAAACCAUAGGAUUUACCCAUCAAACACAUCAAUCUUCUCCAAUUACCUCGACAACUUGUCCUCCUACUCCUCCAAUUUCUCUUCUCAUCACAAUCAUCAACUUCCUCCUCCAAAUCCAUUGUUUUGGCCUUCCAAUUCUCCAAUCUCAACUCUACCCUUUGGUGGUGAUCAAAAUCUCAACUUCACCCUUCCAAACCAAGCCCUUGGCCUAAACCUCAAUUUCCAUGAUUUCAACAACAUUGACACCACUAGUCUUUACCACCACAACCCUUCAUUCCACUCAAACUCAGCCUCAGCCUCAGCCUCAUCCCCAUCAUCAUCAUCUUCCCCUACCAUCUCUGCUGUCACUGAUUAUGACCCCUAUGUCUCGCCCGCAAUGGCGGGGCCUGCCGCGGUGUCGCCAGCCGAUUUCAUCGACUCCAGCGCCACGACAAGCAGCGGAGGGGGCCUGCAUGCGGCCAUGGACGACGAGGAGAUGGCGGAGAUCAGAUCAAUAGGAGAGCAGCAUCAGAUGGAGUGGAAUGACACCAUGAAUUUGGUGACAUCGGCUUAUUGGUUGAAGUUUUUGAAGGCUGAAGGAGAUCAUCAUGAUGAUGAUGGUGAUGGGAUUAAUGGAUUCAAAUAUCCGUUUGAUGAUCAAUUCAUGGAGUUUCCUGCCUGGUUGAGUGCCAAUGAGCAGCAGCAUUUUGAUGAUUACUACUGCUCUGACGACUACUUCCAGUCUCCUGCCUUGCCUUGCAUGGACAUUGGAGAAAUUGAAGGUAUGGAUGGGGACUGGCUAGCUUGAGCCUCACAAGAAUUUGAUGAUUCUUUUUUAUUUUUUCGUUGAAUCAAAUCUUUGGCUCUCCUUUUACUAUUUUUUGGGGCUGGUUUUGGAAAAGCAUUUUGUCUUUAUCUUGAGAUCAUAAUAAGGCUUGCAAAGAUGUUAAAGAAGGCAGGCCAUAGAGGGAAAUAAUGUACCAAAGGCAGGCCAUUUUUUGCCUCCUUUCUCACCUUCAUAUGUUCAAUUAUUUUUGAUGUAAUAUUAAUAUAUUAUACUGUCAUUGUUUAGAAUUUCAGCUAUUACUUAGAAUACUUGCAAGCCUUAUUAUGAAGUUUCAAUUUUUAUGUAGCUUAUCUUAU